GACAUGUGCAUUAUGUUUACAUCAGAAUCUGUCAAGCAAAGAUUAAUGUAAACAAAAUUCGUUUUGGUUGUAUAAGUUUCAUUUAAUCUUAAAAUGUAAUUAAAGUUAUUUUUAAAUAAUGUUGGUCUUCGAUAUAAACGAAUUAAAACUUUUAAAAUUACAAAUCAAAACAUGGGAAUGUGAAUUUUUCCGAACCAAUUCAAAGAAGCCUUCUAAAGAAGAUAUUCACCAGGCUCCACCCGAUAUCAAAGAUGCCUAUAGAAAUUACUGGAAACUAAAGAACAAGAUAGAAAAUGAGAGGGAAGAUGUUUGGAGUGAAAGUUUUAACAAAUCUAACCAAAGGGCAAAAAAUUCCAGUGGAAGUUGUAGCAUUGAAAUGAUUUGUGAUAAAAUAAAACAGAAGUCAAAUAUUGAUAUGACUAAAGUUUUGUCAUCUAAACAAGGUCUCAAAGAUGUCAUUACAGAAUAUAAAAACAAAUUAUUUGCUGAUACUAGUACUUCAAAUGAGUAUUUAGAAUCUUCUAAUGAUAACAAUACAAAUCAUACAUACCUUGAUGAUUCAGUACAUGGAAAAAAUGAAUCUCCUCCUGAAAUACAUCAUUGUGAAGAGAAAUUAUCAAAUACUGAGCAAACUCCAAUAAAUGAAAAUGAAGAAGACAGCAGUAUAAAUUCUAUUGCAGAUAUCAAAGUUAUUAAAGCUCAUACAAAAUUCACUAAAUCUGAUAAUGUUUAUAAAAAAGCUAGUUGUGUUAAUCUAUUAUAUUCUUCUGUUAAUUCUACAAAUUCAUUUAAAAAACUGAGCUUCAAGCAAAAUAUUGAUGAAAAAUGGUUAGAUAGAUGCAAUAAGAGUAUUUUAAAUGAUUCAAAUGCAAGCAAAACUCUGGAUAAAAGAUCCAACCAGCUGUCUGCAAUUAAUAAUGAAAAUAAAUUUACAGAUAAUGACAAUAAUGAAUUUGAAACUCCUGUUUCUUUAAAAUUUAUUUCAGAGUUGUCUGAAACAAAAUUAGAAACUAAAACUCUUUUGAAAAUGGCACCUACUGAAUCAGUUAAAAGUAUUGAUGAUUCAAAUAAAGAGCACUUUCCUAUUUGUAAAAAUGCACUUUACCUCAACUCCCCUGGAAAAGAGAGUCAUUCUGAAGUGCUUGACAGCAAUGAAAACAAACUUCCAUGUCUAAAUCAAUUGAACCCUAUAGCAUCAAAUCUAGAAACUACUGAAAUAUAUGAAGAACCAAGAAAAAGUAAAAAACGGAAACUAUCUUCUGUUAUACAAUCAACUAGUCCUAACACAUCACACAAAGCUAAUCAUCUUAAAAGGAAAAUAGCAUCUGGAACUUUAAAUGAAAACUUUAUAAAUCUUAAUAUUAAGAAAAAGAAAUUUUCACGUGGUCAUCGACCUGUAAAUGUGAAAAAAUUGAAGUGGAAGAAAUGGAAACAACUAAAAAAAUCUGGAGAUAGUGGAAACAUACCGGUUAUGACUGGUUGUUUCAAGUGUGGUCAACUAGGACAUUGGGCUAAGCAAUGUAAUGUUUCUGCAACUCCAAAAGAAACUGCAUUUGAAGAAGAAGAUGAUGCUGCAGAUACACCUCUACCUACUCUUGAAGAAGCUGCAAAAUUAGCUCAAGAGACUACAGUUAAAAAGCUGUCAGUUCCAAAUCAAAAUUUUGACUGUAAAACUUCAGAUAUUCUACCCGACAACUCAACUGAGAAUGAAGCAAAUCAAGUUAGUGCCUCUCUUUCUCUUAAUGAAAUAGAGCUACCUAAACAUUCAAUGAAGCCAUUAUAUGAGAUUACUGAAGAUGGAAAACCAAUAUCAACUCCUGCUGCUGUUUAUGAAGCUUUGAAAGAAAUGGGAUAUUCAAGCUUCAGAGAUGGUCAAGAAUCUGCUGUCAUGAGAGUUCUAUGUGGUUUAUCUACCCUAGUAGUUUUACCUACAGGUUCUGGAAAAUCUUUAUGUUAUCAGCUCCCAGCAUAUAUGUACUCUAAAAGUAAUAAAUCUUUAGCCAUUGUUGUUUCACCUUUAGUUUCUCUAAUGGAAGAUCAGGUUACAGGUUUACCAUCUUGCCUUCAUGCUGUAUGUCUACACAGUGGAAUGACUGACAUACAACGGUCCAAUGCAAUAAAAGAUAUUACGGAGGGAUUAGUACAAAUAUUGCUUGUAUCUCCUGAAGCUGUAAUCAGUGAUUUCAAAUUUGCUGACAUAAUUUCAGAUCCUAAAACACCGCCCAUAUCAUUUGUUUGUAUUGAUGAAGUACACUGUAUCUCUCAGUGGUCUCAUAAUUUUAGGCCAUCUUAUUUGCAGUUGUAUAAGGUUCUGACUAAGAAAAUGGGAGUUACAUGUAUUUUAGGUUUGACUGCUACUGCUACCCAAUCAACUAUUGAAGAUAUAACUUCAAGCUUAGGUUUAAAAUGUAUUGGUGAAUCUGUAAUUGGGCAUACUAAUAUACCACAUAAUCUGCUUUUGUCUGUUUCAAAAGACAAAUAUAAAGAUCAGGCUUUGUUACAACUUCUGAGAGGAGAUCGUUUUCGAAAGUGCUCUUCAAUUAUCAUAUACUGCAUUCGUCGAAAUGAAACUGAGCGAUUAGCUGCCUUUAUACGAACUUCUAUGCAGGAUGAAUUGCUACCUGAAAAUGAAGAAACAACAAAAAAGAAAGCUAAAUCCAAAAAAAGACGCUUUGCUUGGACAGCAGAAGCUUAUCAUGCUGGAUUGGCUCCACCCAGAAGACGGUCGAUACAAAAACAGUUCAUGUCAGGAAAACUUCGGAUUGUAGUAGCUACAGUUGCUUUUGGUAUGGGUUUGGAUAAGCCAGAUGUACGAGCAGUUAUACACUAUAACAUGCCCAAGAAUUUUGAAAGUUAUGUUCAAGAAAUUGGUCGUGCUGGUAGGGAUGGUUUGAAAGCUCACUGUCAUCUAUUUCUUGAUAGUGAGGGAAAUGAUAUAUGGGAACAACAAAGGCACAUUUAUUCAAACAGUAUUGACAGGCAUACUUUACGAAAGCUUCUUAAAAGAAUUUUUGUGUCUUGCAAAUGUCCUCCUGAGAAAAGAAUUGAUGAUUCUGUUCAGAUAAAUGAUGAUUCAAAACAUCAUAAUAUUUGUCGUAAACAUGAGGUAGCCUUUCCUAUAAAUGAAACUGUUCAGGAGCUUGAUGUAAAACAAGAAAAUGUUUCAACUCUUCUUUGUUACCUGGAAUUGCAUCCUAAACAGUGGAUUGAAAUACUGUCUCCAACAUAUGCUGUUUGCUCUAUAAGAUGUUACGGAGGCUCUAAACAAAUGCAUUCCAUUGCAUUAAAGAAUCCUGCCAUUGCAACAGCUAUUGCUUUAGAUGUUCAGAAUGGUAAAAAAUGGGAUAAAAGUUCAAGUCUAACAUUUCCUGUUGUAAAAAUUGCAUCUGCUAUUGGAUGGAAAUCAGCUGAAUUAAAGCGAAAUCUGAAACAAUUGGAAUGGAAUGAUAUGAGAAAAAAAACUGGAGUUAUUGUAGAAUUUUCAGAUCUCGCAUUCCAUAUUUCUGCUCCUGGAAAUCUUUCAGAUGAAGAAAAAGAUGAAGUUCUAGACUUUUUGCACAACAAAGUUAUGACUGCUGAGGAAACAGAAUUAAAAAACCUCAAAUUAUUAUUUUCUGUUUUCCAAAAGUUUUCCAUGAUUCGAUGCUUGGAUUGUUGUGAUGAAGUAAAUAUAGAAAAUAGUGAAGGAAUUAAAGCAGCUAUAAACAAAUACUUUGCAAGAGAUGAUUUACUUUUGGAUGAAUUCAAAAACAUUAUUACUUCUGCUGAAUCCAGCAAUGAGGUUGAUCCAUCAUACAUUAAAUCCCUCAUCAGGGAUCUUAUCUGCACACACCAAGAUCACAGUUUUACUGGACGGGCUAUUGCACGUAUUUUUCAUGGAAUUGACAGCCCUUGUUUUCCAUCCGAAAUUUGGGGUAAAGUUCGGAAAUUUUGGAGAUGUUUAUUGCAUGUCAAUUUUAAUACUAUAAUGAAAUUGGCAAAUGAAGAAUUAAGAAACUUGAAAUGA